AUGUCCCUUUCACCUGAACCACCGUUUGCGGGCUCCUCGUCUGCGUCUGCGCCAGCGCCCGCACAGGCUCAUCCCCAGAUACCCAUCGAAGGAUCCUUGCAAUCGACGGCGCCUGGUGCACAGCGACCAACACUGACGAAUACGCACAUACGGAGCGUGGCGGACGCGCAGAAGCUGUUCUAUGCGGUGCAACUCGGGAUGCUGCCCAAGAUCGAGCGGCGGCUGGAUGCGGUCGAGCGGAAACGGCUGCGGCCGGGGGACGUGUACGUCUGGGAGGAGCGUGGCGCAACAGGACUGUUUGCGGGGGCGUCUGCGGGCGUCGCGGUCGUCGGUAUCGAGCGGUGGACGGAGGGCCUCAGCUGGAGCGCGAGCCGGAUAAGAGACGAAUUCCUCAUCUACUUUGAGAAUGUCAAGAAGAAAGAGCGCGGAGUCGACCGUGAAGGACAUCGUGCAAGGUACGUCAUCCAUCCUCGACCUGUGCUUUCACCAUUCACCCAGGUAUACAGAAGCUUGGAAAAUCAAGUCUUGCGCGAAGGCGACCGAGACAUGUAUAUCAAGCAGACGUACUCGGUGCUACGCCUCGACCCGAGAAAGUGGCAUCUUAAUGCAUAUUUCACGAAGUCGACUGAGGGCAAUCUCAACACGAUCGACACAAUCCCUUGGCUAAGGGACCUUGAGGUACCAGAAGGGAUCUUCACGUCCGCUCGCCAAUCGAAG